ACUCCACCGCGGGCCGCGGCACCACCAGCGUCCACCACCAACACAGCAGUGUGGCUGCGGCGACGGAUGGGAGAGGUGUGCUGCACUGUUUCUCGAAAAAAGAGCUUCAAAAGUUUUUACAGCACUAACAGUAGCGAUUGGAGGCGCUCAGUAAUAAGAAAUGACUGUAACACUGGUAUAGUGAAUGUCUGCGUUAGGCUGCCUACCACCAUCACGUUCACAUAAUGAGGCCCGGGACUCAGUGCUCAAGAAGCAAACCAUAUGACACCUGGAGUAAUGUAGGAGUGACCUUGAAACGUCAGACAUCAUAGAACAUAACAUUAUUAAGAGAGCACUGAAGUGACAGGUGCGGUGUGCAGAGUAGGCCACUAAACUAUCGGACUGCACAGCGAAGUGAAGGGCUAUAAUGUCUGGCGGGCGUGUGGGUGGCCGACGGCGAGUGGGCGCGCCGAAGGAUGUGCCCGCUGCUUCCGCCAACGGAGUUCCCUCCCCCAGGCAAUAUUCACUGCAUGACUUCGAUAUUGUGAAAACUAUUGGUACGGGUACCUUUGGAAGGGUGUGCCUCUGCAGAGAUAAAGUGACAUCACAAUACUUGGCAAUGAAGAUCCUCGCAAUCACUGACGUCAUCAGACUCAAGCAAGUUGAACACGUCAAGAAUGAAAAGAAUAUCCUUCGGCAGGUUACACACCCAUUCAUAAUAGAAAUGUACUGGCAUUAUAGGGAUGACCGGUUUCUCUACAUGUUAUUUGAAUAUGUGUGUGGUGGGGAACUCUUUGCCUACCUCAGGAAUGCAGGAAAAUUUCCUCUGUCAUCAGCAACAUUCUAUGCAGCAGAAAUUGUAAGUGCCCUGGAGUAUCUUCACUCCCUCAACAUUGUGUACAGAGACCUCAAGCCUGAGAAUCUCCUCCUUGACAAGGAAGGACAUCUUAAAAUUACUGACUUUGGUUUUGCCAAAAGACUGACUGACAGAACAUGGACUUUGUGUGGUACUCCUGAAUACCUUGCUCCUGAGAUCAUCCAAAGCAAAGGUCAUAAUAAGGCUGUGGAUUGGUGGGCACUAGGUAUUCUCAUUUAUGAAAUGUUGGCUGGUUACCCUCCAUUCUUUGAUGAGAAUCCAUUCGCCAUAUAUGAAAAGAUUUUGGUAGGGAGGGUGGACUGGCCUCGGCCAAGCCUGGAUGCCACAGCCAAAGAUCUGAUCAAGAAGCUUCUCACUCAAGACCGCACAAAACGCCUUGGAAAUAUGAAGAAUGGAGCAGACGAUGUAAAGAGGCAUAGAUUUUUCAAAAAUCUUGACUGGGAAGAUGUUUAUGAAAAGAAGUUAAAGCCACCCAUCGUACCCAGAGUGAGUUAUGAGGGAGAUACACGAAACUUUGAUGAUUAUCCAGAAAAUAACUGGCGAUCAACUCAAGGUGUCUCAGAAAUGGAGUUAGCUGUAUUCAGUGAUUUCUAAGUUAUUGUUAUCUUAGGCUUUAAGUUUUAUUCAUAAUGUUUAUCCUUCUUCAUCAGCUUAUUACUUUUUGAGAGGAAAUAUAUACAUAUGUAUAUUUCCUACAAAGAUCAUAUUUCAGAGUGAAAAUGAUGCAUAUUUCUUGGCAUUAGAAGUUAAUGAAGCUGCCGAGAUUAUACAUACAUUAUUUUUUUGAGCAAUAUGUAAUAAGAUAUCAAUGUUUCAUAAUUUCUGUAAUGUGGGUGGUGUACAGUCAAAGACAGAAGUUGUGUCAUGAAUUUUGGUUAAAAAUAUCUGGUAAAGGGAUAAUCUUAUGGUGCUGUUGCCACGUGUCAUAGAAACGGUGGAGGGCACUGCCACAAAAACUUUGAUAUUUACCACACUUCAUGUUAUGAUAGUUUGUUACCUCAUGACUGUUGUGUUCUUUGACAAAUUUUUAUUUCUUUUUGAAUCAGUGUCUGAAGCAAAUACAUGAUGUUCAACAUAUUUGCUGAAUUGUAAGACUUUUCCAUAUAAUGCACACUAAUAUGUAAACUACAUAGGAAUGUACUACUCUGCAAUCUUCAUUAGAUAUGAAACCUCAACACAGUAAAUUUUUUGAACCUUAAAAUCUUUUUGAUUUAGUUUAACUGUUAUCUUAUUAGCAGCAGAUAUGAAAUUUAGAGCACUAGCAGGGAUUCAUGCUUGCCAAUCAUUAGCAUGUAACAGUGUUCAGAUUUUCAUAAUGUUUUACAAAUUACAUUUUAUAUUCAGAUAAAACCUUGACAUGACUUUAACUUUGAUGGUAUACACACACACACACACACACACUACUGAGUUAUGGAUUGUAGAGUAAAGUAUAAAAACAGAUAAUAAGAAACUGCUGCUAAGAGAAGUAGAAAAUACCAAUCACACAUGGACACAGAAAAAAAAUUAAGAAAAAGAUGCUUGAGUAACAUAAAGAAAUAUAGUUUCCAACUGAGAAAUAUAGAAGUAUAGAACAAACUAAGGAAGGAUACAGUAUCAGCAAAGAGCGUACAUGAAUUUAAGGAAAAACUGGACAAGUGUAGAUAUGGAGAUAGAACCACACGAGUGUAGCUGAGGCUCUGUAGAUUAUAGCUAGGUAACUAGACACACACACACAAACACACACACACACACACACACACACACACACACAUGUACACAGAGUAUAUUGUUAUUUUAGAAAUAAGAACUAGUAUUGGAAUGAUAUUUCAUGAAUUUAUGAUAAGGUUUUGGUGUCAUCUCAGCCUCAACUCAUCAGAAAUAAGUGGUGGAGACUCUUUAGGGUGUUCUAAGAAAGCUUUCAUAAUUCAGCAAAUAUGAAUCUUGCAUUGUGGCAGCCUGUGCUGCUCAAGGAGCACAUUUCACUUAAGCCCUUCCAAUAAGCAUAAAGACUGGGUUAGAACAGAUUGAUUUGUCUGCCUUGUACUUAUACAAUACAAACAAACACAACAGCAUAAACAUAACAUAAUGCAUUUUGCCCCAAGAACAGAACUGAUCACAUGUCAUCAAACACAAUGAACAACAACACUGGUAAGCUGCUUAAUACUGAUCAUUGUUGCCAUGCAUGUGAGGGAAGAGGAAAGGUACACUUGAGAUGUCAAUAAGUCAAUUCAUCCCAGCCCAAUUCUUCUGCUGGCUAGAAAGCCUUGAGUAAAAUGUGUUCCCUGAAGUAGUGUUAGCUGCAGCAGCAGUGCAAGAUUGACUUUCACUGACCGUAGUUACACACAUUAGCGAACUUUUGGUCAUAUGUAUGCCCAGGCAUUGCUCAUUAUCAUCACCAUUAUUGUCAUCAUCAUCAUCAUCAUCAUCAUCAUCAUCAUCAUCACCAGCACCACCGCCACCAACAACAAAAACAACAACAAUAACCAUAACAUUAUCAUCAUUAUCAUCACAAUGAUCAUCAUCAUACAAGCUAGUGCAUCACAAUGAAAACUUCAUUGACUCCCACUCUAGUAGUCUCAUUAAUGUCAUCUGAACCUUUUUAUAGUAGAACUUAAUUAAAUAAUGUAUAUAUUUGAUUUAUUUGUGACUGCAUUUUGAACCUCAUUCUUUUCUAUCACUAUAUUUGUAAAAUGUUAUUCAUUCAUUUUAGUAACUCACCACUUUACACCUAAACAUAUACCCAUACAAUGCUCUGUUGUUGGUUUUUAUCAUCUAUCUCCUUUUUAUCAGUCUACUACUUCAGUGACAGAUCAUUAUUUCUAGUACAGAAGUAGUGACCUUAGUUAUCACUACAUAUUUCUGAUAUAAUAUCAAUGGAUUUGGUUCUUUUCAGUUUGCCAUCUCAUUGCCAAUUUGGUUGAUAUCUGCUGUUCACUCUUCAGUGUGGUUCACACAAGCAAUGUUUCAGCACCAAAGCCCACAUAGACUAGCUAGUAUUUAUAAACAUACCACCAAGGCAAACUUUUUUUUUUUUUUUUUGUUAGAGCCUAUAGUGCCUGCAGGCAUACUUGAAGAAUAUAUGGGAAGUGCUGUUCAGCUUUCACCCAUUAGCAGCACAGGCAAUUUUAUUUAUAGUGGUACCCAUAUUAGGGCCUAUAUCAGCACCCAAGCACAUUUUUGGUGUAAGGAAAUUACACCUCCAUCUAGAACCCGGGUACCAUGGUGACAUGUAAGUAACUUUAAACCACUCGACAAAUAAUGAAGUUUCAAGAUGGCAUGUGGUGUGAUUUGAACCUAUGCAUGGACAUCUGCCCAAUCCCACACUUACCACCUUAUCCACUACACUACAACUAAGAAGGAAUGUAGGGCUUUUUGCUUGAUGUGUACUUAAUGAAGGAACAGGAUGAAAAUUCUGGCUUAUCAAGAAGGCUGCACACAUGUCUACUUGCACUGAUUUGUUAUUUAACAAAAUUGUCUACACAGGAAGAAAAAUUGCCAGAAACAAGGGCAAACAUUGUUUGUGUGACCUGGGCUUUAUUUAUCUGAUGUUCUGUUGAACAGGUUUGGAAAUGAUCUGCCUUCCUCUUUAUGUCUCAUGAUUUCAGCAAAUCUUUUUUACUACUAAACUAAAUCGAGCCUCAAAAUAGCAAUCAUCUUUAGAAACAUUACUCAAUAUUGAUUUAUUACCCGUGCCAUUUCUUUGUGCUGUUAAACACUAACACUCCAUUGUUGGUUCCCAUUUUUUUUACAGCUUUCUCAAUUUUCUAGAUUUGCUUAUGUCUUUCACCUCCAUGUAACAAAGCCAGCACUGGUGGUCUUUAAGAUAAGCUUCUUCUAACUCCAUUAACUUAAAAAAAUAUAUAUUAUUAUGUUCUUGACUAUGUCAGUAAACCCAGCCUUCUUGUGUGGUGGAUUUUUUUCUUUUUCUUUUUAAGGAGAAACAGCAGCAGCUUGAUUCUUUCAUCUGAUAACUGCAUGGGAUCAUGUAGGUAUUUUCAGUAUAAAUGUAUGUUUUAUUACCAAAGGUUAGUCAUUCCCCACGUCUCAUUUAUAUUCAUUCACAUAAUUUUCCAGCACUUAAUUUCUGUGUAGGAUUAAUUGUCAACAAUUUAAUUAACAGAUGAAUCAUCCUGCCAGCUCUACACCUCUUAUUGACAUACUUGAUUGUACAUUGUGCAUUACUCAGUUCAUUCACACUAAACAUCAGUAUUCUAUACAAAUCUUUAAACCUUACAUGUUUCACCUACUAAAGCCUAUACAAACAGAACUGUAUUACCAAUUUUAUAUUACUAUAAAAAGAAAUCCAUGAAAGUUGCAAGAUCUGGUUUUAUAGUUUUACUAAUAUGUAUUGUUUUUUCUUUCCCAUUUUGUGAAUAACAAUUUAUCGUAUAGAAUAAAUUUGGAAUAUCUGUAGAAUACACAUAAUGUAUGUUUGUAUUCUGGUGUAAAUUUGAAAGGAAUUUCUGAUAUAUUGGGGGAGAUAUGAGAAAUAUGUAUGUAAUGCAAUUUGAUAGAAAUAUAUUUUCAGUACUUUAUAUAUUUUAAACCAAAGUACAUCUUGUGAACAUUACAAAUCUCUCACACAAUGUAAGCCAGUCAGUUAUUUACAUAAUAGAGCUAUCAUGUAAUCAUAAUAGUGUAUAAAUAAACAGAGUUGAUCAUUUAUAAUGUAUAUAGGCUUUAUUAAAAAAAAAUAUAGAUGAAUUUAUA